AUGCGAGCCGACCAGGCGUUUCGCCAGUACCUCAGGCAGCUGCAGCAGCUUGCAGGCACCAGCAUCGACCCUGUAGCGCUUCGCGCGGUGCUUUCGGCACUGCAGAAGACCAUGGCCGACAUUCAGUUCGUCAGGCCACCGGGGAGCAAGGCGACUGUGCAGGCUUUUACCCACCUGCGCAAUGUGCUGACGGGCUCCCGGUUCUCUGUUCCCGGUGUGAAGGAUUUCAUCAACCUGGUUGAGACGGAGCUCUGCAAGGAGCUGGCCGUGCAACGCCGAGUGCUACAGGCAGAGAGCAUCUCCCCCACGCUCGCCCUCAGCGGCAGCAGUGGCGAUGGGGACUGGCCGCGUCGCCUGGCAGCGGCAUUGAGACUCUUUGCCCCCCGCGGCGGACCCGCCGCAAAGCGGCGUAUGGGCCCCCGCAGCGACGGAGGCUAUGUGGUGUGGGAUGAUGGCCAUCGGCCCGUGUUCACAGGUUUGCUGAGCUAUGGUGCGGACACGAACGUGGACUUCGAGUGGGAGCUUGCGAUGACGGGCACUGACGUGCUUGUUUUCGAUCACACGGUUGAAGCCCUCCCCCGGCAGCAUCCGAAGCUGCGCUGGCGCCCCGAGGCGCUGUCGGACCAGCCGCUGCCAGGCACGGCCGGCACGAUCGAGGAGCACCUCAAGCAGCUGCUCGCCUUUGCCAACGGCUCGCGUAUCGCGCUGAAGGCGGAUGUGGAGGGCGCCGAGUUUGCAGCCAUCCUGUCGACGCCUGAGGAGGUCUUGGGCCGCUUCGACCAGAUCUGCCUCGAACUGCACUGGCUGGGUCGGCCCAUGCGUGGGGGCGACUACGAAACCAAGGCGCGGGCGUUAGAGAAACUGGCCGACCAGUUCGUGCUUCUGCAUGCUCAUGGCAACAGCUACGGCGACGUCCUGAAUGUCGGUGGCUGCCAGCUCCCUGAUGUUCUUGAGGUGCUAUAUGUCCACAAGAGGCUGCUGCCACCGGGAGCUACAGCGCCGAGUGAUGUGGGCUUAGUGCCCGACCCCCUUCUCGACGCGAACAACUGCCAAUUCGUGCCAGACAUCUCCCUCAGGAGUGCACCUUUUGGCGCCGACUUAGAGUGA